CGAGGCGGCUCUUUGUUGUCUAUUCAGGCUUCUCACCAUGUCGAACUCGGAUCUGAACGAGCCUUUCUAUGUGCGCUACUACUCAGGUCACUCUGGGCGAUUUGGACAUGAAUUCCUAGAGUUUGAUUUCCGUACCCUCGGCGACGGCCGCAGUGCGUCUGCCCGAUAUGCGAACAACUCGAACUACCGCAAUGACUCCCUCAUCCGCAAAGAGAUGUGUGUCAGUUCCCUCCUGAUCCAGGAGAUCAAGCGCAUCAUCAAGGAUAGUGAGAUCAUGAAGGAAGACGACUCAAAAUGGCCUCAGAAGAACAAGGAUGGCCGCCAGGAACUGGAGAUUAGACUUGGAAAUGAGCAUAUCUCCUUUGAGACCGCGAAAAUCGGCUCUCUGGUCGACGUGACCGAGUCUGCAGACCCCGAGGGACUGCGCGUCUUCUACUAUCUCGUACAGGACCUCAAGGCUCUUGUCUUUUCUCUUAUUUCCUUGCAUUUUAAGAUCAAGCCUAUCUAAACGUCACCUCGCCGCAUGUCUGGUGGAUCAACGUGGAUCAGUGAUCCUUGGUGGGAACUGGUACAGGAGUUUGUCUCGCGAAAUAGUAUUCUUUUGAUGACAAAAAAGGGAAGAGCUUGUACUUCUACGUAACGACUUAAAUGCAACAUCUAAUUAGGUUUUCCAUAUCAAUACGUGCACCUUGGUCUAGUAAUGCGAUGCGUCUCUGC